UAUUCUAACCUGUUAAAAUUUGAAGAGUUCUUUCAAAAUUUGUCUUACUAAAAUAGAGAUACUUUUAUAAACUGUAUUUGUUGCAUGGAAAUGAUAAUAUUUGUUAAACAAUUUCCUUAAACGUACAGCAUGCAUCAAAUAUCUGUUGCUACCUAUUUCUCAAGAUGAUGUGUGUUUCUUUGUUGGAAUAAUUUCUAGAUGAAUAUUUGAUCGUAAAAUUCAUUAUAGAAAUAGUUGAGUGUGACUUCCUUGUUGAAUGUUGAAUGAAAAACAACACCUUGUCAUGAGAAAACAUUGGACGUUAUGCGAGACCUUUUUAAUUAUAUCAGGAAAAUGACCAAGAUUUUAUAGAAGGGGCAAAGAGAAAGAAAAAUAUUAAGUCUUUGGACCAGUUAGAGAGGAUGAAAUCGUCCAUCUGCUGACAUUUUAGUGAAAAAAAUGAAUGAUAGCGAUGAUAUGGUCCACAAAAACAUUGAAACAGAUUUUAAAAGGUUCAUUCGAAAAGCACAAAAAGCUGAAGCACAAGAAACUUCUGUACUUUACCUCCCAUAUGAGGUUCUUGUUAGUAACAAUAUCAGUAUCAAUUCAUUGCUAGAAACAAUUUCAAUGUUGGGCAAAGGUGUGAUGAAAAUUCAGUUAUUGGACUGCUUUUUUAUUCACAACUCCAGCCUUUUCGAUAUGUCCUUAUAUCAAGACUUUGUCCCAACAAAAGGCUGUGAGGUGGUGUGUCCCAAUCUGAAAAAAAUAAGGUAAAAUUGUUGCAUAGGUAAAAUUGCUUCAAAGGGUGCAUUUUUCAACAAACUGGAAUCAUUCAUAUUUGAAAAUUUCCUCACCCUUCUGUGGAGACCAAAGUGCCAUCUCAGGUAGUACAAAAAUUGAGACGUUUUAUCAUGAUAAAGGACACAUACUUAUCAUAGAAAAUAAGCCAACAGCUCUAAUUUUCAAUAUAGGUAGUAAAUAAUGUAUUUUUUCUACUCGCUAAUUGAAUUUUUGUAGCUGCUAUAUAAGCAAAGUUUUAAGCCUCCAAUUAAUUUUUCAAUGACCCACAAGAUUUGCUUUGUUUCUGUUUUUAUAAAUAUAUUGCUCUGAUUUGCACAUUUGUUGAUAAGGACGCUCGGUAUUUGCUUGGGCCUGGGGAACUUAACAAUGUUAAUAUGGUCCUGUGUUUGACAAUUUAAAACUUUCCAAGCAUUAAAUCUUUUUCUGUACAAGUCUACAAGAGAGACAAAAUGAAAUGUUAAAUAUACCUAAUUAGUCCAGUAAAACUAAGUCAAAAAAUGGUCGAACCUCAAACAAAUUGCAACAGAAACGAAAUAAUGGUUGUUUGGCUAAUUAAACUAUGCUCUAUAACAUAUGAAAAGUCCUAAGAAAUUCUAGAAGUAGAAAGUGUCCAAAUUGCCAGCUGAAUUAAGGUGGUUUAGCUAAAAAAAAUUCAUGGAUUUUAAACGUAGAAGUCAAAGUCGAGAAGGCAUAUGGGUUUACAAUGACUCUCGUAGUAUUUCCAUUAAAUCUACCAAGAUAAUUACCCACUCUUGAAUAGAUAUUUAUUCAACAUCGUGCUUACUUAAUUGUGAUGUUUACUUUAUUUGGGGAAGUCCUCUCGAACCAUUUCAAAACAAAUCUUGGUGAAGGAGCUGUUGCGAUCGAGCAUAUGAUCAAAUUGCAUGUUGACCUUGAAUCUUGACCAGAGAACCUGUUUGUUGCUUGCGUUAUUUCUUCUUUGUGCAGAUAAUAAAACGUAGUCUACAACCGGCAAAAUGGUCUGCAUGACAGUUACGUAAGUUGGAGUGUGUUAUCUGCAAAAAACCAAUCUGGAACAUAGCAGCAGGUGUCGUUCUUCGUCAGAAAGGUGCAAAUGGAAUCAACAACGCAAGUAAAGAGCGAGGCGACGUGAUAAAUGUUACUGCUGGUCAAUCAGUUCACAAGGAUUGUCGUGCAAAUUUCACAAAGCCACAAAAUAUAGCAGCGGCUGCAAGAGAGACCUCCCAAGCAAGGGGCAAGCGUUUACUUCGAUCUGAAGCUCAGAAAUUCAACUUUAAAGAGCACUGUCUGUUUUGUGGUGAGGGGGACCGCUACCAAGGGAAGAAGAAGGACUUUUCUCUUGUACCGGUGAGGACCUUCGAAUUUCAGAAUACAGUUUCCGAAAUAUGCAAUGAAAGAAAUGAUGAAUGGGCAAGAAAGGUCGCUGAGAGAAUUGAAUCGGCUAUUGAUCUUCACGCUGCAGAUGCUUUGUACCACCAAAAAUGCAGUGUAAACUUUAGGACAAGAAAAGGAAUCCCUUUAGUUUUCACAUCAAAUCAAGAAGGCGCAGCACCUCAAAAGAAGACGAAGCGUGGCAGACCACUGGAAGAAAUGCAAAAUUAUGCCUUUGAAAGGGCUAUGGAAUUUUUUGAACAAAAUGACGAGGAACAGCUCACCGUUUAGUUGAAGAUUUAGUUGAAAAAAUGGCUGACUUCCUUCAGGAAUCUAAAACUUCUUCAUACAGUGCUGUAUACAUGAAGAAGAGGAUCAAAGAACGUUUCGGAGAAGAUGCUAUUUUCACAGAGCUGGAUGGAAGAACUGAUGUUGUAACCAUGCGACCCUUUGCUGCAAAAAUUCUGCAAAAGUUCUAUAAUGAGCCAAAGAAGGAGGACGUUAAGGAAGAAGAGAUGGGUGUGGUUAAAGCAGCGGCAGCAUGCCUAAAGAAUGCCAUUAAGUCAUGUCCCACCUCAAAGGAAUAUUAUGCAAGCAACAGUGAUAUAUCAUCUAUUGAAAAUGCAAUGUCCUACCUACCAGAGUCACUGAUCUUGUUACUUGACACAAUUCUUGUUGGAAAAGAUAAAAAAAGUAAGAUUGCCUCAAUUGGUCAAGCAAUCGUGCAGGCGGCGAGACCUAGAACAUUGAUUGCACCUUUACAACUUGGUCUUGGGGUUCAAAUGCACCACCACUUUGGAUCGAGAUUUCUGGUCGACUCACUUCAUAGGCAUGGAUUUUGUUGCUCCUAUUCAGAAGUGCAAGCUUACGAAAGGAGUGCAGCUAUCAAAGAUGGAGUUGAGCUGAAUAUCCCUGAGGGAUAAACGCUAGUUCAAUAUGUUGCAGACAACGUCGAUCACAACAUUAGAACUAUUGACGGAAGAAAUACUUUUCAUGGAAUGGGAAUGAUUGCCACUAUCACCCCAAGGAGUGCUGCCCGUCCUUCAACAUUUAUCCCAAGGCGAUGCAACAUAUCAUCUGAUGAAAUAGCAGCCAUCGGUGCAAUUAACAUCAAGCAGUACAAUAUAGCCAAUAACCAACUCAACAUCAGGUACGAUCAGUUGCUCUCAAAUGAAAUUGUUGAUCCAACAUCAAAAUUGGAUCUCUUAUGGCAAGUUUCUUGGUUGCUGAACCCAAGAAGGCCAUCAUGGUCUGGAACAAUGCAAUGGUGCCACCAGGGGGAGUAUCCAGGCAAGUCAUCUGUUAUCUUUUUGCCAAUGAUCGAUUUGGAUCCCAGCAAUGUCACUUGUAUUCACUCUACCUUAGACUUGGUUUCUCACCAUGCCAAAAAAUAUGAUGUGACACCGAUUCUCACUUUUGAUCAGUCGCUAUGGUGGAAAGCCAUUUGUAUCAUCAAAGGGGAGCCAAUUGAUAGCCCUUUGCAUCAAAUAAUUUUGCGACUUGGAGCUUUUCAUACAGAAACGAGUUUCCUCGGAAGUAUUGGAUAUCUCAUGAGAGGGUCAGGAUUGCAAGAAUCUCUCGAGCUUAUAUAUGCUGAUAAUGUUGUCCCACAUAUUCUCACUGGUAAAGCUAUCUCCCGAGCAGUACGUGGCCAUCAGUUAGUCGAAACAGCUCUUAAUGCUAUUUUGUUAUCGAAAGCCUGUGAUGUACCAUUGCCUACAGAUGCUGACAGAGAGCAGGAUGCUGUCGAUACAAAAGGAGAGGCUCCAGAGGCUCAACAGCGUGACAGAGGUGCAGAGGCAGCUGCUGAGUUAGAAACCCCAGAAGUAUCCAGUGAUUUGAGGAAUUUGAAAGUUAUGUUUGAGUCACUGAUGCGAGGAAGGGUUUCUAUGGGAUAUGUUUGUCAAUCACAUGAUUUUGAGGAUGUAAGGCAGAAGAUACUCGAUGCCAAAUCGUCUUCAAGCAAUUCCAGGACAAGAAAGCUUUGGUUGCAGUACCUUGGAAUGAUAGAGAUUCUUCGCACAUUUAUCAAAGCUGAGAGGACCGGAGAUUGGAACCUGCACUUGCAAACUGUUCAAGCUAUGUUGACUUACUUUGCCGCCUCGGGACACAACCUCUACACCAAGAGUGCACGAAUAUAUUUGCAAGAAAUGAGCAAGCUAAAGGAUGAUCAUCCACGUGUCCAUGAUGCCUUUGAGAAGGGAUUCCAUGUUAUCAGACGCUCUGAUCGUUAUUGGGCUGGAUUAUCCUCAGACCUCAUCAUAGAACAAGUUUUGAUGCGAAGCCUUAAAACCUCUGGUGGCUUGACAAGAGGAAGGGGAAUGUCCGAAACACAGAGGCUGAUCUGGUUGUUAUCCAUGCCAGCAACUGCUGAGAUCAAUGAAGCUAUGCAAGAGUUUACUGAAGUUACUUUCAGCAGCAGUGAGCAACAUAAAGAUACGUCAGAAGCGAGAAUUAGCAGAGAUUUGAAAGACACAAAUUCACUUCUUUCAUUCUUUCAGGUAAGAGAUCCAUUUAGUGACGACUGCAGUCUUCGCAACAUUGUGACAGGGGUAACAGCAAUAGAUACAGUCAAUGCUGACGUUGCAAAAGAAGUUGGAAACAAGAUUCUUGAAAAGAUGACAGGUCAAUAUUGCAAAGAUUUUGUGUUCAAAAGAGCAAACCAGGCCAUUACGCUUGAUGCAAAAAAGCACCCAAAGGAAACAGAUGGAGACAUUCAUGUAGGACCCCAGCUGUUAUUUCAAAGACUUAUUGCCGUUAAAAGUCAUACCAUUGAAGAUACAUCAAAACUUUUCAGCUACGAGCUCUGUUCUGUUCCAGCAUCUUUAUUUGAAACAAAUGGCUCCUCGAGAAAAGCUAACAAGCCCGUCCUGGCGAGUACCAUAAGAAAAAUGGUUGACACAGAGAUUGAAAUACCAUCGCAGCCAGUAAGGUAUGUUUUAGAUGGGGGCUCUUUGCUGCAACGGAUAUCUUGGAAGCGUGGAGCAUCAUAUGCCUCCAUUAUCGAUAGUUAUGUGGCAUAUGUGAAAAGGAAGUACACAAAAGCUUUCAUAGUUUUUGAUGGGUAUACCGCUGGUCCUUCGCCCAAGGACAUGACACAUCAACGAAGAGUUGGCUUGUCGUCUGGAACAACGGUGAAAUUGGAAGAAAAUAUGCCUCUUACUAUAAGGAAAGAAACCUUUCUUGCAAACAAAGAAAACAAGCAAAGGUUUAUCAACAUGCUUGCAGCAAAGUUGAAGGCAGAGGGCUGUGAUGUCUACCAUGCUGAUGCUGAUGCUGAUCUUCUGAUUGUUCAAAAAGGGAUUGAGCCCUCAGUGGAAGAAGAGACGGCGGUGAUUGGUGAAGACACAGAUUUGCUAAUUUUGCUCAUUUACCACGCAAACAAAGAGUCGAAAAAAAUCUACUUCUACUCUGAGUCCAAGCAGAAUGCUAGAGGUACAAAUGUCUGGGAUAUUAAACUAUGUAAGGAAUUGUUGGGCAAAGAUAUAUGCAACAAUAUUUUGUUCCUACAUGCCAUUCUUGGGUGCGACACAACAUCUAGCUUGUAUGGCAUCGGUAAAGGGUUAUCGUUGAAGAUAUUCCAACAAAAUAAACACUUACAACGACAGGCUGCAGUGUUCCAGAAUGAUCUUGCCAACUCCGAGGAAAUAGCAUCUGCUGGCGAGCAUGCCCUCGUUUGCUUAUAUAAAGGAAAGGAAGGUGAAGGACUCGAUGCCUUGCGUUACAAUACCUUCUGUGAUAAAGCUAUUUCUGGUAAAUCUGUUAUCAGCCCACAGGUACUUCCACCCACCUCUUCUGCUGCUAAGUAUCACAGUUAUCGAGUUUUCGCUCAAGUAAUGCAAUGGAAAGGAAGAGAUCUCGAUCCUACAGAAUGGGGGUGGAUCAUUGAAAAAGGGAAAAUGAUGCCUUUGCAAACUGAUCUUCCAUACGCACCAGAAGAGCUCCUCAAGUUGAUCAGCUGUAAUUGCAAAAAGGGGUGCGCAAAUCUUCGAUGCAGUUGCAAAAAGAAUGGUCUGAAAUGCACAACGUGUUGCGGAGAAUGUCGCGGAGUGAGCUGCGAGAACGCCAUGCAGGCAGAUAUGGAAGAAAAUUUGGAGGACAGUUUGUGAAUAAUUUAGAAUGACCAAUAUCUAAUUAAUUUGUUUGAUAAUUUUUCGUUUUUGAUUAUUUAGAUAAUUGGUUUGGUUUAGUUUGGUAUAGUUUGGUUGUUUUCGUAUUUUGGCUUGAAAUCAAAAGCGUCAAUCGCAUUCAAGACUCAAAAUAGAGAAAUAAUACCCUUGUUAGUCCAAAUUUCAUGAGACUUUGCAAAGCGAAAAUCAUUUUGUAGAUAGGUAAGACGAAUUAAGACGAGUUAAGACGAGUGCAUAAUUACUGAGCGACUCCAAAAACGCCUAAUUUGGUAGAAGACCAUAUUUUGCAGCAUUCACCAUAUUUCAAAAUUUAGCCAAUGUACUACCUUAAAUGGCAUUUAAAUUUUCCAAUGUUCCACUUCAAUGAUUUUCUAGGACUUUUUUGCUCAAGGUAUAAAUACAUUUUGUAAUCUUUUUAGCAUGUAUUCAUUCCUGUUGCAAUUUGUUUGAGCUUACACCACAAAUUGACUGGACUAAAUCCUCAGGUUCACAGCAUAAUUAUU